CACACGUAGUAAUAAAAGUGCCUGGAAUAAGACGUGGUACGGCUAGAAUUUUGGUUUACAAAAUGCCAAGCAUUUUCAAAGCAAAGUAAAAAAUUUAAGUAAAAUAUAUUUGAUAAAAUUUCAGAUCCAUUAAAAUGGAUCUGAAACAAAUUAAGCUAUGGGAAUGUUCCCAGUGCUCAAGAACGUUCAACAAUAAGCACAACUUUAAUCAACACGUUGCUACGCAUGUGAAGAAAAAAUGCGAGAUUUGCGGGAAAAUUAAGAAAAGCCCGGCCGCCCUGACGGAGCACAUGAGACGAACCCACAGCAACCGGGUCCGACCCAGGUGCAAUGUUUGUCAGCGGGAGUUUUUCAAUUCCCGCUCUUUACUCGGGCACAUGGUCGCCGUGCACAGAUCGGGGAAACGACCCCGCUUCCCUUGCAUAUUUCCCGGUUGCGAGAAAACUUAUCUCAACCAGAACCAUAUUUCGCGCCAUGUUAAAGCUGAACAUUCCGAAAAUCCGGUCUUGUAUCGGUGCACACUUUGCGGGAAAGAAUUUAAUCGCCGGGCCAGCCUUGAUCGUCACAUUUCCACUCACACGACCGAAAAACCGUUUAGUUGUGCCACUUGUGGGAGAGGUUUCGCAAAAACGGAGUCCUUGAAACGUCAUGAGGCGACUCAUUUGGAUCAAUCCACUCGAAAAAUUUCAAAGUGCCCACUUUGUCCUCAAACCUUCUUUACUAGUUUUGGCUUCCGAAACCACAUCCGCGUAGGUCAUGAAAAGAAGAGGAAUAUUUGUUGCACACUUUGUGACAAAAGGUUUCCGAUGUCGAGUCAUUUGACCCGCCACGUGGCCUCGGCACACCUCUCGAGCAGGGAGAAGAUUCAUGCCUGCGACAAAUGUGAGUACAGGAGUCACUCGACUUGGAAUUUAAGGGUCCACAAAAGACAGCAUAAUGCCGAGAAGCACGAAUGCUACUUUUGUGGGAAGAAUGUCGUUUCUUUUCAAAACUUGGUCAAACACUACGGUCGCCUUCAUACUUUAGAGAAGAAGUAAUUUGUUUCACUAUUUUUAAUUGUUGGCUUAAAUAAUAUAUUAAAUUUAUACUUUUACAAUUUAUUCCGUAAUUAAGCAUCCUUUCAGAAGGGUUUUCUGUAGCAGUUGCGAAUGUAAAUAGAUUUCGGAAAUUCGGCUCAUAAAUGUAUAAGCAUACACAAAUUUCAGAAAACAUCAAAUAUAACUUGAUGCUUAAAACGUUAGCGUUUAUUUCUCAAAAGUAUGUAAGUUGCUCAAGAAUGUCCAACCGUAUGUAUGUACAUAUG